UUAACCAAUGAGACGCUCGCUCAUUCCACGACACUUCGUGAUAUCGCGCGAGAGGCUGAUUAGAUAAUAGAAGCAUUAUCAGAGGUGUUCCAACAGUGUCCUUUCUAAUUUCGAGGAAGAUGUGCCUUUUACGAGUUACACCUGGAGUGUUAGUGAUAUUGUGUGCCCUAGUUUCCGCGAGUCACGCAGUCGGCGAGGUGAUAAACGUCCCCUGUGAUAUAUUCUUUCAAGAUGUCAACAAUCUCACGCUAAACUGUUCGAGGCGCAAUGUCGACAGAAUACCUAAUUGGCCGGAGGCGAUGAAAAAUGUUUCGAACCAAGACGGUCACGUGUUGAUAACAUUCUUCAACAACAGCAUAACGAACGUGACGGAACUGCCGCCAGUGCCGGGCAACAGGAUCGCGAUCAGUUUCAAGUCCAACAAGAUCAUAGAGAUCAACGAUGACGCCUUCAACAAUAUCCACCGGCUGGUGUACUUGGAUCUGAGUAACAACCUCUUAUCAGGAGACGUCCUGCGCAGCGAGAUAUUCCAAGGGCCGUACAACAACAGCGUCUACAGCAAUAUAGCUUUGGAGACGUUGAAUCUCGGCAACAACCGCAUCCAUUCACUGGACAGAUAUCUGUUCAAGUACACGCCGAAUCUAACCCGUCUCUAUCUCAACAACAACCCCAUAGAAAUACUUGACAGCGUCACGCUGCUAGCUCUGUCGAGUGCUACGAAGUUGGAGGUCCUGGAUUUGGCUAAAACGGACAUCAAUGAUAUACCACUAGAUGCCUUCAGAGGUUUAGUGAAUUUGCGGCAGAUCGACCUGUCUGGGAACAAGUUGGUCACCGUGCCGCAAAGCUUGGGCGUCGUGGGCUCAACUCUACAAUACCUGACAUUCAAUAACAAUCCUAUUGUUGAACUCAACGAUGAUAGUUUUCUAGGGUUAACAAAUCUAGUGGAACUGGAGGUCGGCGAGAACGAUUACCUCGAGGAAGUGAAACGCAGCACAUUCACGCCGCUAAAGAGCCUGCGGGUGCUACACCUCUGCCACAACCACAACCUGCGGUACAUCAGCCAUAACGCGUUCCGCGGAAUCAAGGACAAGUGGACUUUGAAAGAGGUGUACCUUAACGACAACAAUCUGAGUGAGCUAUCAACAGAUUUGUUGCCAUGGAACAAACUGGACGUGCUUGGAAUGUCUGGGAACAACUGGCUGUGCAAUUGUGAUUUGGCUAACAUUGUAACUACACAGGAGGCUGGCACUAAAUUCAAGCCUGGUGAAAUACCAUAUUGUGCUGCCCCCAUGAGAAUGCAUGGCUUCUACAUCACAAACAUCACAGCUUCAUUCUGUCCUACAUUUGACACUACAUUUGCAGCCAAGAAGAGUUUCUCCAUAUCAGAUUUAAAACCAAAACACAUUCUAUGGAGUAUCCUAGGUGUAGCAGCAAUAGUUGGUAUCGGAAUGAUAUGUGGACUUCUAGUCAAUACAAUGAAAACAAUAUACAAAAAGAAUGCAAGGGCUCAGCCCAUUCGCUAUACUAAUAUCAAUGAUGAUAUUAAUUUCCCAUAGAAUAGCAGUAUUUUAUUACCCUGUUUGUAUUGUUAACAAAUAUAUUUUG